AUGGCUUCCGACGAUCUCGUGUGGUCCAUUAUUGGCACCGACUUUUGCUCGUUCAAGCUCAAGACUACCAAGGACCAGACCUUUUGUCGCAAUGAACACAACGUCUCCGGUUACUGCUCAAGACAGAGCUGUCCUCUGGCAAACUCAAGAUAUGCUACCAUAAGAUCGGAUUCUGCGACCGGCGAACUCUACCUAUACAUCAAGGCCAUCGAGCGAUCGCACCUUCCCUCCAAGUGGUGGGAGAAGAUAAAACUUCCCAAGAAUUACGCUCAAGCGCUGGAGCUCGUAGACCAACACCUUGCCUACUUCCCAAAGUUCCUCGUUCACAAGAAUAAGCAGCGCUUGACGCGCCUUACUCAGGUGAACCUGCGAAUAAGGAGAUUAGCAAAGGAAGAAGAGCGCCUGGGUGAAAGGCUUGUACCCAGGCUUGCACCCAAGGUUCGCCGGCGAGAGGAAGGACGUGAGCGCAAGGCGCUUGCGGCCGCAAAGGUUGAGCGUGCUAUCGAGCGAGUCCUUAUCGAUCGUCUGCGCAGUGGCGCGUAUGGUGACCGACCGAUCAACGUUGAGCCAAAUGUCUGGAAACGAGUCAUGAAAGGACUGCAGAAGGAGGGUCAGCUCAAGGGCGACGAAGACCUAGAUGACGGUAUCGAGGAGGAAGACGAAGAGAACGAGUACGAAGAGGAGAUGGAGAAUGGCGUCGGCGAGGUCGAAUACGUGAGCGACAUAGAAGGAGAGUCCGACGAUGAUAUGGAGGACUUUGAAGACUGGAUCGGUGGACAGAGCCCAGAUGAAGGCUCAGGUGACGACGACGAUGACGAUGAGAGCGGCACUGGCAGUGAAGAGGACGAGGAUGAGUCAGCGGAUGAGGAUGCCGAAGCACUCAAGAAGACCCUCGCGAACCUUAAGCGCAAGCGUCCCGCUGGGCCACCGCCGAAACCCAAGAAGAAGCCUUCCAAGGGUUCAAAGGGCCCGAAGGUUGGAAUCGAGUACGAAAUGGAGAGGGAGCCUGCUGCGAGAGAGACUAUGCGCAUAUAA